AUGUCAAGCGUUCCAGAGGAUGUCUACCUUGAAAUCCUUCUGAGAGUACCGGUGAAAUCAACUUUUACGUGUAAGUGUGUUUGCAAGACUUGGUUAUCCAUAAUAUCUAACCCUAAUUUUGUCAACCAGCAUGUUAAUGUUACUGCACAAAGAAACAAUAAUCUUCUCAUGCUUAAAGGUAGAACAGAUGAUUGCGUCGACGUACUCCUCUCCGUAGGUUGUGAUUCAUUAGUGAGUGAAAUCAACGAUGACGACGUUGUUGUACAAGACUGCCCAUAUAAACCAGUACGCUAUAUGGACUUGAUGGGUUCUUGCAAUGGUUUGGUUUGCGUUUGGAGUAGUGGUAGGAAGCUCUAUUGUAUAUGGAACCCUUUCACCAGAGAGUUCAAGGAAUUACCCAAAUCACCAAUUAAAUAUGACGAGAAAGAUGUUAGCCUGCAUGUCUUUGGUUAUGAUUGCAAGAAUGAUGAUUACAAGUUAAUAAAUGUGGUCGACCACAGCUCUUUGGUCCACGUCUAUACGUUGAGAUCAAAUUCUUGGAGACGCGGUAAAGCCAUGCCUUAUAGGUUUUCUAGGCAAGGCAUGCCUUAUAGUUUUUCUAGGCAAGGCAGUGGAGUGCUAGUUAAUGGGGCUUGGCACUGGGUUGGGAGUAAACGUGACAAUGGCGACUCCAAGUUAAUAAUCCCGUUGGAUAUCAAGGAUGUGAAAUUCCAAGAAUUGCCACUAUCAAAAGAAGUUUUCAAGAAUAAUGAUCUGUCAAUGACCAUUGGAGCUUUGAGAGAGCGUCUUUGUGCAAUUUUCGAUGUCGGGGUUGGUUUUGAAGUUUGGAUGAUGAAGGAAUAUGGGGUUCGUGAAUCUUGGACUAAAUGUUACCAUAUUUCCCAUGAUAAAAUUAAGAACAACCAUUGUUUCAGGUUGUUGUGUUCUUUAAGGAAUAGUGAGAUUCUACUAUUGAGUCACGAUACUUUAGUGUCAUAUGACCCCAAAGAUGGGAGUGCUAGACAACAUAAUAUAAACGGUGUAAAGAAUUUUCACGACAAAGUGGAUUAUUUUGAAAGCUUAGUUUCACUUGGUUCUGGUAAGUAUGUGGGUGUGCAAGAUAGGAAAGAAGUAUACUGGUCGGAUGCAGAAGGUUGA